AUGCCUGUCGCAGCACAGCCAAAAAUGAGCCCCGUUACCAAUGCUUCUCUCCGUCGUCUCGCCAAAGAUCAUGCAGCACUGCGAUCUGCCCUACCUCCAAACUACCUGUUCCCAGACAGCGACCAUGGCUCAUCGCUCCAAGACGAUCUCACCCAACUCGUCGUCUGUAUCACCGGCGCUGAGGGCACGCCCUAUUCCGAAGGAUUAUGGCGUCUCCAUCUGAAAAUGCCCCCGGACUAUCCCAAAAGUCCUCCAAAAGCCGCCUUCCAGACCCGAAUUUACCAUCCAAAUGUGGAUCCUACGACUGGAGCGGUGUGUCUUGAGACAUUGAAAAGAGAUUGGGAUCCCAAGUUAACUCUGAAAGACAUCCUGGUCACCAUAUCAUGCUUGUUGAUUCAACCCAAUCCUGACUCUGCAUUAAAUGCUGCUGCAGGGGCUCUCAUACAAGAAAGCUACGACAGCUUUUCUACACAAGCACAGUUGAUGACGAGAAUUCAUGCGCCCAUUCCGAAGCAUCUAUCUGAUGCUGUCCAGGAAGCGAAGCGCCGUGGGGAGGAGCCUGAGCAUGGGUCAACAGAGAAACCUUCAUCUUCUCGAGGAAAGUCUCUAGAGGACGACACGAAAGAGAACGAGCCGAGUGAAUCAAACACAGCGUUUAACUGUGCACCAAACAGGAUGAAAGACAAGCGCGCGCUCUCGGAAAUAGCCUUGCCCGAAGAAAGUGACGUGCAAACUUCGUCCGAAGCAAUUGAACCGAAGAGAAAGUCACCUAAAACAACGCGGGCCUCUGCGCCUGACCAGAGUAAAUCAGUUUUUCCAGCCGUCUCUGGUGAACUGGAGACACAUAAAAACGAACAUGAAGAGCAAACCAUGAUGGCACAAAAUAAGCCAAGUCUGCCCUGCCAAUUGCCGACGUCGAUAUCGACCGCCGCACGAAAAAUCUCGAACACGAGUGCAGCGAAGAAAAGGCUGCCGCGGAUAGGCAUCCGGAGACUUUGA